GCCCACACUGUUUUCAGAGCACCACCUGGACAACCAGCAGUUCAGCGACCAUAACCUGCUGUAAGCUACAUCGCCACGCCGCACUGGGACGGGGCCAGAGCAUACUACAGCAUCGGACAUCGCCUUCGCUAAUUUAAACACCUCUACAAAGUUACUGUUUGUAACCUCAGACUGACGAAGGCAUAUAUCUUUAGCUCCUGCAUGGAUAACUAUCUCUGAGAACCUGUGCUUGCCUAGGACCCUAAGAUUAUCUGCUAUGUCUGGCACCCUGGCUCCCGGUAUACACCUGACUAAAGCUGCUGGUGCCCCAAAGGCUGAGCUAAUUUCACGUGCUGUAUGAUAGAGUCCCCUAUAACCAGAGCUCUUUCAGGUUUCUCAGUGGGUGCAUCACUAAGGAGAGCAAACCUGUUCGACAUGUGAUGCGGAGAGGAGUGGUGCUCCCGUGGGCGAGCCUCAGUGGUAGCUUUGGCUCUACGCUUAUGCCACCGAGCCGUCACCCAUUCACCCCGCUGUAAGGGCUCUAAUGCUGGAGUUGGGGGAUUACUAACUCCACCUAGGGCAUCCAGAUUUUCCCCUGCAGAAACUACACUGUUCUCAUUCUCACUAGCCUUCUCUAAAGCCUGGAUACGUGCUUCUAAAACUUCAAUCUUCUCCGUCAGAGAGCUAACUAAUCUGCACUUAUCACAAAUAAAGCUAUCACUAGCGACGGAGGAAGAAUGACUAAACAUCCUGCACUCAGCACACUGAACAGGCUGAAGGUGUGCCAUGAUGAAAAGAUUCAUGUACCUUAAUUGAAGAUCUGUUGAUAUUAAAGCAGAUCCGAUAUGGAUGGCCUCCGCUUGUGGUCUUUACGCAGGAGGAGAGAAAAGAAAGCUUCCAGUCUUGGCGUUCUUCCGAAAAAAAGAAAAAAAACUGGAAAAAGGAAAGUGAAAGUGAAAAGUACAAAAAGGAAAGUGAAAGUACAAUAAGAAAUGAAGAGGAUACUGGAAAAUUAUUUGUAGAAAAAAUAAAAAAGAUUAGUGAUUAAUGCCAACACUCGCGGAAAAAAGACUCAUCGCAAACAACUCGGAAACCAGAAAGUGCGUAGUACAGAAUGCGCAUGCGCCAACUCAACCCACCAUUUAUACUCCCUUCACUUUCACUCUGUAUUUUUGAGUGACCUAUGAUUUAAAAUGUCUCUACGUGACAGAUCUAAGCCUGUUCUGUUGAUUUUCUCACCUUUCCAGAUGUGUGUGAUGGUGGUGCAGCUCGUUCACUGCCCCACUGAGCUCCACAGAGUUAUUACUGCACCUAGUGGACAAAAUGGGAACUGCAACAAACAAACCAAAUAAACACUGGGGCAGGAAUCACGCUGCCCCGUGCCCUGGGUAAGAACAGUGGACAGGACCGGGUGAUGACUGGGUUGCCAUGUUGGGCUAGUUUAAAAUAAUCCACAUCUGCCAAGAUCUUGUUUUAUAUCAAAUAAUCAAAAUUAAAUCAAACAUGUCUCAAUGUGACUCCUGUUUUCCCAGUGCUGAUGUUUUCAGGUUAGAUUCAGGUCUUUUGUUUGAAUUCUGAUAUGCAGUUUGGCCGGAAAUUUUGCUGAAACGUGGAAACCCUGGUUAAUGAAUGCAGCACUUCAGGAAACAGACCUGCUGUACAGAAAACAGUUAAAUAAAUUUUACAUGUAAAACGUUCCAGAGCAAGCUGUUGGACUGCACACUGGAUGACUGCAUGCUGCCGAUUCUCUGCCGAGAUUCUCUAAAAAUUCAUUAGAUUUCAUCCAGUUGAGUUAGAAUGAGGUAAAGUGUGAUCACGUCUCCACUUCACUGUGUUUGAGGUUUUGUCAUCAUUAACGUCAUCCUGCAACAUCGGCUUGUCCUGAAGCAGAGUCGUCAGGUUAUUUAACAUUUAACAUCCCAACUACAUCUGAAAAUCCACACAAAAUCUCUGAAACGAUCCUGAAAAUGUGGUCAUUUAAAAGAGACGCAUCUUUCUGCUCUUUUUUCAGCCUUUACACAAGAAACAAAGGAAAAAGCGCAAAGAAUUCUAAAGCUGAUCUCAGUUUGGUGAUUUCUUUGCUCUGAUACACCUGAGUCCAGGGACGUAAUCAGACUGCACUGGAUAUUUAUUCCCACUGAACUAGAAUCAGUGACCUUUUCUGUAUAAUUUUUGUAACUGGACCGUUUACAGGCCUGGAUUUUAAGACCGUAACUAACUCCGAACUCCAGACGGUGUUUCCAAAGCAGUGCAUUUUUCAUUGUUUACUAUCCAAAUCACUGUAAUCAGUGCCCUCCAUCACGACAUGCAGGCUGUAUUAGGGGUUAUUAUUGCUAACUACAUGGUGAAGACGUGUUGUUUUGCUUUCCUCUGUCCAAAAUCUGCCUAAGAGUCAUGAGUUCCAGCCCAGGAGGCUCAGGGUUCAGCUCAGCCUGGUGGUUUUCCUGUUUAAAGACUCACCAGAUAAUUAGAACGUCCGGACUGAAACUGAUGACAUCAAAUGUGGACUGGAGCUGACUGAGUGGACCAGCUGACCUGUCCUGACGUAAAUAACGCUCCAAUAACGCAGACAGAUGGACAGGCUCAAACGAGAACCUCCCGCUGUAGAUCUGCUGCUCUGGACUUACUUGAAGUAAUUUGGCCUCGCUCAUGGCUGGCACACGUUCGGAGGCACUUGCGAGUCAGACCUGGAGGCUUCGACUUUCCAAAGAUCUUUAAGCUUCCUGGACAUCUUUGUGGACUGAAGUUUGAGAGCAUCAGAGAUGAUCAUCAGAUCGGAUCUGUUAUGGUGCUGGACUGACUGAACUGUUUUAAUCCUCGUGUAGCUCCCCCCCAAUCCCCCUCCCCAUGUCAGACCUUCUCUAAAUUAUGGAAAUUUUGUGGAAGACGCUGACUUGGAUAUUGAGCCUGCUUUUGGCUGCUGCUGAUCCUCAGAGCCUUUCUUACAGUUCUCAAGAGGAGUUUCUGUCCCACCUGGAGGACUACCAGCUCACGGUGCCUGUUCGGCUGAACAAUAAGGGCGAGUUUAUGAGUUACACUGUGAAGCAGCACCGGCCCGGACGCAGGAGACGGGCACUGGAUCAAACCGGGUUGGACGCUGCAGAGACCAGACUCUUUUAUCGCCUGUCAGCUUACGGCAAGCACUUUCACCUGAACCUGAUGCUCAACCCCAACCUGGUGUCCAAACAUUUCACUGUAGAGUACUGGGGCAGGGACGGGCAGGAGUGGCGCCACGCCAUGGUGGACGACUGCCAUUACGUUGGAUACCUACUGGAUCAAUACGACACAACAGGAGUGGCACUGAGUAACUGCAACGGUCUGCACGGAGUCAUCACCACAGAAGAAGAGCAGUAUUUAAUCGAGCCCCUAAAGGUUGCAUCCUCCAGAAACUCCAGUGAGUUCCGGCUCCCCGGCGAAGGCCAGCCGCACGUUAUUUAUAAAAAAUCCUCCAUCUCUUUGCGGCAGGAGCACAGCGAGGAGCACAGCGAGGAGCUCAGCUGCGGUGUUUCAGACCUCACGAUAAAGCAGACACCAUGUUGGAAGAGCAGCCACGGCCCUGUGGCUCCACCCCCCUCGCAGAAUAACCACACCUCUGGCAGUCGUGAUCGUCACCGGCGCUCCGUGAGCUCCGAGCGCUUUGUCGAGACCCUGGUGGUGGCCGAUAAGAUGAUGGUAGGCUACCACGGCCGCAAGGACAUCGAGCACUACAUCCUGUCUGUCAUGAACAUUGUUGCCAAACUUUACCAUGAUGCCAGUCUCGGAAACGUUGUGAACAUUAUCGUGACCAGGCUGAUCGUUCUGACGGAGGACCAGCCGAAUCUGGAGAUUAACCACCACGCUGAUAAAUCUCUGGACAGUUUCUGUAAGUGGCAGAAAUCGCUCUUGUCUCAUCAGGGGGACGGAAACAGCAUCCCGGAGAACGGCAUUGCUCACCACGACAACGCGGUUCUCAUCACCAGAUACGACAUCUGCACCUACAAGAACAAGCCUUGCGGUACUCUCGGUUUAGCAUCAGUGGCUGGAAUGUGUGAACCAGAACGGAGCUGCAGUAUUAAUGAAGACAUCGGACUCGGCUCCGCCUUUACCAUUGCGCACGAGAUUGGACACAACUUUGGAAUGAACCAUGACGGAAUCGGGAACGCCUGCGGGACGAAGGGGCACGAGACGGCCAAGCUGAUGGCGGCACACAUCACUGCCAACACCAACCCCUUCUCCUGGUCCACCUGCAGCAAGGACUACAUCACCAGCUUCCUGGACUCAGGUCGGGGAACAUGUCUAGACAAUGAGCCUCUGAAGCGGGACUUCCUGUACCCCACCGUGGCCCCGGGGCAGGUGUAUGAUGCCGAUGAACAGUGUCGCUUUCAGUACGGCGCCUCCUCCAGACAGUGCAAAUAUGGGGAAGUGUGUAGAGAGCUGUGGUGCCUCAGCAAAAGUAACCGCUGUGUCACUAACAGUAUUCCAGCUGCAGAAGGAACGCUGUGCCAAACCGGCAGCAUCGAGAAAGGGUGGUGUUACCAGGGCGAGUGUGUGGCGUUCGGGACGUGGCCUCACAGCGUGGAUGGAGGCUGGGGGCCGUGGACGCAGUGGGGGGAGUGCAGCCGGACGUGCGGGGGCGGAGUUUCCUCGUCCAUGCGUCACUGUGACAGUCCAGCGCCGUCCGGAGGCGGGAAGUACUGUCUUGGGGAGAGGAAGCGCUACAGGUCGUGCAACACUGACCCAUGUCCAGCAGGGUCGCAAGACUUUCGCGAGAAGCAGUGUGCGGACUUCGACAGCAUGCCAUUCCGUGGGAAAUAUUACAGCUGGAAGCCUUACACAGGAGGUGGGGUGAAGCCCUGUGCACUCAACUGCCUGGCCGAGGGCUAUAACUUCUACACGGAACGUUCUCCUGCAGUCAUCGACGGGACGCGCUGCCAAGCUGAUUCUCUGGACAUCUGCAUCAACGGAGAGUGUAAGCAUGUGGGCUGCGACAACAUCCUGGGCUCGGAUGCCAGAGAGGACAUAUGCCGUGUGUGUGGAGGAGACGGCAGCACAUGUGAGACCAUUAAAGGCCUGUUCAAUGACUCGCUACCCAGAGGAGGAUAUAUGGAAGUUGUCCAGAUUCCUAAAGGUUCCGUCCACAUUGAGAUCCGGGAGGUGGCCAUGUCGAAGAACUACAUCGCUUUAAAAUCUGAAGGAAAUGAUUAUUAUAUCAACGGCGCAUGGACCAUCGACUGGCCUCGCAAAUUCGACAUCGCAGGAACAGCAUUCCAUUACAAGAGACCGACGGAUGAAGUGGAGUCUCUGGAGGCUCUCGGGCCCACCACGGAGAACCUGGUCAUCAUGGUUCUACUGCAGGAACAGAACCCUGGCAUCAGGUACCAGUUUAACGUUCCCAUCCAGCGCACGGGCAGCGGGGACAACGAUGUGGGCUUCACCUGGCAGCACCUGCCCUGGUCCGAGUGCUCAGCCACCUGCACAGGAGGCUCACAGAGACAGGAGGUGGUCUGUAAACGGCUGGAUGACAACUCUGUGGUCCAGAACAGCUACUGCGACCCUGAUGGAAAACCACCAGAGAACCAGAGACCCUGCAACACGGAACCGUGUCCACCUGAGUGGUUUAUCGGCGAUUGGUCUGACUGCAGUAAGUCGUGCGAUGGAGGGACGCGCACGCGUACGGUUCUCUGCAUCCGCAAAAUCGGCCCUGCAGACGAGGAGAACCUGGAGGACGUUCACUGCCUGACACAUCGACCAAUCGAGAGCGAGAGCUGCAACAAUCAGUCUUGUCCUCCACAGUGGGUUCCUCUGGAUUGGUCUGAGUGCACUCCAAAGUGUGGCCAUGGCUUUAAACACCGCAUCGUGUUGUGUAAGAGCAGUGAUUUGACUAAAACGUUCCCACCAGCGCUGUGCUCAGAGCUCAUCAAACCCCCGGUGCGGAUGCGCUGCAGUCUGGGCCGCUGUCCUCCUCCACGCUGGAUCCCCGGGGAGUGGGGACAGUGUUCAGCACAGUGUGGGCUAGGACAGCAGAUGCGGACGGUGCAGUGCUUGUCCUACGCCGGACAGCCAUCUAACGAUUGUCCCGAGACUCUGCGUCCCAGCAUGAUCCAGCCGUGUGAGAGUAAAUGUGAUGCCAUACCCAUCUCCAAUGGUGACGAGUGCAAAGACGUAAACAAGGUGGCGUACUGCCCGCUGGUGCUGAAGUUCAAAUUCUGCAGCCGUGCCUACUUCAGACAGAUGUGCUGCAAAACCUGCCAAGGACACUGAUGAUCCCACAGAGAGAGAGAGAGACAGACAACGUGGGCUGGAGGACAGAGCUGCUUCAUUUCUCUCUCUCUCUCUUCUCUCUCUCACACACACACACACACACACACACACGCUUUUUCAGCCCUGUGGAACCCAUACCACUGAUCAGCAGCAUGCUGACACAUUUUAUUUUUAUUUUCACUUCUGUGAAGUGGGAACUUAAUAAUAUGGUCAUUAUUGUUAUUUUAUUAUAAUAAUAAUUAUUAUUGUUGUUAUUAUUGUUAUUGAUGUUGGUCUGUCUGUCUGUCUGUAAUCCAAAGUGCUGGACACAUCAUAUGCAGAAGCGGCACCGCUAAAGAGGUUUAUUAUAACUGUGUAAUAUCCAAAAGUGUUUCACAUCAUCUCUCUCUCUCUCUCUCUCUCUCUCUCUCUCUCUCACUUUCUUUCUCUAUGUCUCUCCCGUCUCUCUCUCUCUUUUUUCUCUCACCCCAUCUCUCUCACACACUUUCUCUCUCCCCGUCUCUCUCUCUCUCUCUCUCUCACUUUUCUCUCUCACCCCAUCUCUCUCUCUCUCUCUCUCUCUCUCUCACUUUCUCUCUCUCCCCGUCUCUCUCUCUCUCUCUCACUUUUCUCUCUCACCCCAUCUCUCUCUCUCUCUCUCUCUCCCCGUCUCUCUCUCACCCGAUCUCUCUCUCUCUCUCUCUCUCUCUCUGCAGUGAAUUCUCCUAAUAUAAUCCCAUUUCCAAACAUUUUUGAGACUGUGAACUGACAGAAGUGGACAAAAUAAAGAAACAACUAAAAUAUAUGAACUUACUGCUGGGAUAAAGUGCGACUGAUGAUCAGUGGGCGUGUCCUCCAUACUAUAUAUGAAAAAGGUACACCUUUCAAAAAUUUUCAGUAUAAAUCUAUGAUUGCUCAAAGAGGUUUUCUGAAAUGUCCCAUCCAGUUAGCAUACGUUAGCCAUCCAGCUAGCGUUAGCAGUGUAGAUUAUGGGAAACUUUAAUUAAUUAGAAAUUCUCUCAGCUGGAUUUUAAUAAAAGCUGUGCAGUGAAAGAAAAGGGAUGAUUAUUUCUCGGUCCUGGUACCUGGUGUGAUGUGUUUCUGGAGGGAAACUUCUGCUUCAGUAAACAGCUAACCGUAUCCUGCUAGCCGCUAGCAUGUUGUGUGUGAAUGACGCUAGUUUGUUAGCUACUUAAGAAGAACAUGGUCACGAUUCAGCUAGUUUGUGCUAGCAUGUUAGCGAGCUCCUGCUCAGAAUGUGAAUGUACGCACAAAUUGCUGUUGUCCUGAAACUGUAAUAAUAAACGCCCUCCAUGUUGAAGUCCAGAAACGCACGAACCCAGCAUGGCUCUCGUUUUGAGGUUAGCAGGGUUAAACGUCAUCUCGAGUUGUGAGCAGAAGUGAAUCCCUUUAGUGUGUCCCUUUUCGUUUUAUUUCAUCCCACUGAUCAGAGCGUUUCCACGGAACAGGAGAUUUUAAACUCCUCCUGAUAAAGUGUCAAACACAGCCAUCUAUCAGACUCACCUCGCCAUUUUUUACACCACCUUCAUGACUUCGUUCUGUUCACAUGGCGUUUCUGUUAUUUUGUCCACAUCCUGUAGCUCAGCUCAACAUCCACCAUCACUCUGCAGACAGACGUUAGAGAUGAUUAACUCCACACGGCCCCCAUAUAACACUUUAUAAACUUCCCGUAAUCGCACUCAGUGGCAUUUUUAAUUGUUGGAUUUCUGUAAAACCUGCGGCUGGAGUAAAAGGUGCUCAGUACGCUGCAGAUGCAGCACCGGUGCUGUUUGGUGCUUGAGUGUUAGGAUUCCAGAUGUUCCAGCCGUGGGGCCACCUGUUUUACUAAAGUCAAGUCACAUGACCAUGGGCCAAAGAAUUCCACCAUUGUGUUUGUGACACUGGAACACAGUCUGAAAAUCCCAUUAGAGGGUAAAGGAGGAUGGAACAGCACCAAACCUCCGUCAAGGAAACACAGACGUUCUGCUUGUUUUUGUUUUUUAAGAAAAGAAUCUUCAAAUCCGUGAUAUUUUUGUACUGUUUAAAAUGCCUGGGGUCUGAAAGACAUUGUGUGCUAUAAUGAAAGGAUAUGAAUUCAUUUACAGCAGGAAAAAAAAUCCAGACACAGUCACACGCCCACUUCCUCGCCGGCGGAGAGGCUCGAGGAUCGUGACCGUGUGCAGCUGAUCUGCUGCUGCGUGUCUCCGUCACCAACCGACUGGAGAUAAAAAUAAAUGGUCAAGAUGUUUAGGGAGGACACGCCAGAGCUCUGACAUCCGCUACCUCCUCCAGACACGUGCUCUCCCUCGUUCCCCGUUGGAAACACACUUCACAGAACCCUCCGUGCUCAGUGGUGCUUCCCCCCAUUUUAUUCCCUCCUUCUUUUCACCUUCUCAAGAUGAUCCUUUCAGUCCACUGGUGCUAACAAGAGCUUCACGUCUCAACAACCUUUAAAGGAGGACAAUCUUGGGCUUGUUUGUUGUUUUACCUCACACUGUACUGAUUAUUGAGUUGGUAAGGCAGGUUCCAGAGUUGUGUAAACCCCAACGCAAUCCUCCAUGCUCUCAGUGCAAACAGAACAUCAAACGUGCAUCUGAUCAAUCACCAGAAACUCAUCCAAGAUUCCAAGAAGCAAAGGUCGAGGAGUAAAAGGACCACGGCCCAUCCAACAAACUGUGCUAACUUUUUGCUGCUGCUACUCUGUUGUAGCCACCAAUACAACAUCAGAACAGUUGUGUUUUUGUGUUAUAAAAUGUUUAAACUGGGACUUUUAUUCGAGUGAACGUUGAACAGCCAGACACCAAAAAUCCUGAGGCUUGAAGUAAAAGAUUACUUUGAACGAUUCCCAAAAACAGAGGACAGACAUGGACCUGGUACUCACUCCUCAUCGCUGUGAACUCGUGUCUCUGAAUGUCACAUCACUUAUCCUGUACCUAUAGAAGUGAGCAUUUUUAUUGUUUUGUUUUUCCAUUUGCGAUAAAUUGCUUGUAUUUUAUAUUCAGUGUUAAAUGUUGGUACACUGUUUCUAAGUUUACGAUUGUAAAUUAUAUGCUAAUUUAUUUCCAUGUGUCACUUGUCAUACAUGUUUCACGGCAUGCAAACUGAAAACCAAAAAAAUAUACGAUGCAGUGAAAUGAUUCCCGUCACCACCGUCACCGUGUUUCAGUCUGUGGGGAAGAGCUCAAGUUUCCCACAGCACCAUCGCGAAGUGUGUGUUUAAAUGCUUUAGUGGCCUGAAGAAUGUGUGAAUGUUUGUAUGCAUGUUCUGGUGAAGUGUUGUGUUUUGUCAAAGAGGGAGUCCUCUAAAAGAAAAAAAUAUCAGUUUACAGAUGAUAAGCAAAAGAAAUUGAUCAAUCAAUCAAUCAAUAAUCCCACAGUACCUGUAACAGUCUGAAGCUUUGGCUUGUACACUAUUAUUGGUGAAGCGUACAGUAUGUAAUGAAUCCCGAAUAAAGAGAAUGUUAAAGGGUU